CGCUGGCCUUUCAAGUGCUCUGUGUGAAGAUGAGGAAGCAAAGCUGAAGACCAGUCACUAUAAAUGUGUGUGUGAAGGGAUGUCCUGUGGAGGAGAGGACCAGUGUGUUGGACAGCAGUGCUUUGCUUCACUGAGCAUAAAUGAUGGGUAUCCUGUUUAUCAAAAAGGUUGCUUUGAAGUGUAUGAGCAGAGUAAACUGACAUGCAAAACUCCACCAUCAGCAGAUCAAACAGUUGUGUGUUGCCAGGGCUAUUUGUGUAAUAUGAACAUUACAGCUCAACUGCCACAAAAAGGAGCGCCAAUGGGCUACAGUGCAAGAACCCUGACUAUUGUUGUUGUUGCUCCAGUAAUUGUGCUGAUCAUUGUCACCAUGGUGACGGUGAUAAUAUUGCGAAAGCUCCACCAAAAUCAAAUGCAAAGACUGAAUGCUCGAGAAGCUGAGUAUGGUGCCAUUGACGGACUGAUUGCUUCAAAUGUCGGUGACAGCACACUAGCUGAUCUGCUGGAUCACUCCUGCACAUCGGGCAGUGGAUCUGGUCUUCCCUUCCUGAUACAGAGAACAGUGGCUCGGCAGAUCACCCUGGUAGAAUGUGUAGGUAAAGGGCGUUUUGGAGAGGUUUGGCGAGGUUUGUGGCAAGGAGAAAAUGUUGCAGUGAAAAUAUUUUCUUCCAGAGAUGAAAAAUCCUGGUUCAGAGAAACUGAGAUCUACAAUAGUGUACUCUUGAGAAACGAGAACAUUUUAGGUUUUAUUGCUUCUGACAUGACAUCCAGAAAUUCUAGCACACAACUAUGGCUAAUUACACAUUACCAUGAAUUGGGAUCUCUCUAUGACCACCUGCAGCACACUGCAUUGGAUACUGUUGGUUGUUUGAGGAUAUCGUUGUCCAUUGCUAGUGGUCUAACACAUUUGCAUACAGAAAUAAUUGGGACACAAGGAAAAGUUGCAAUUGCACAUCGAGACCUUAAAAGCAAAAAUAUCCUUGUUAAGGAGAAUGGACAAUGCUGUAUUGCAGACUUGGGUCUUGCUGUGAUGCAUUCCCAAUGCACUAACCAUUUAGAUGUGGGUAAUAAUCCCAGGGUAGGCACAAAGCGAUAUAUGGCUCCUGAAGUAUUGGAUGAAUCAAUGCAAGUGAAUCUCUUUGACUCUCAUAGGAGAGUUGACAUCUGGGCCUUUGGUCUUGUUCUGUGGGAAGUAGCAAGGAGGACAGUGAGCAAUGGAAUUGUCGAAGAUUAUAAGCCUCCAUUUUAUGAUCUUGUUCCUAAUGAUCCUGGUUUUGAUGAUAUGAAAAAGGUGAUUUGUGUGGAUCAGCAAAGGCCAAAUAUACCUAACAGGUGGUUUUCAGACCCAACGUUAACAUCUCUCGCAAAGGUGAUGAAGGAAUGCUGGUAUCAAAAUCCAUCUGCAAGACUCACUGCUCGGAUAAGGAAAACUCUGUCCAAAAUCGACAACUCGUUUCGAUAAAUUUAAAAUGGACAGCUGAGUAUCAAGUUCUCUAUAGACUCCCUAAUGGGCAUGUUUCCAUGUAAAGGGAUACUGUGGACAAAAAAGAAAUAAUUUGGUAGUUUUUGGGUUGCAGCUUUAUAAGACUCAAAUCGAUUUGGUAUAAUAGAAACAGAAAUGCUGGCAACAAACAGCUUGUCAGACUGCAAUUGAAGAUGAGGUGAACAUUCUGAGUGUAGUUGUAGUUGCCAGAACUCAUUUUUCUAACCAUAUGUGCAUUCUUGAAACAUUUUCCUUGGAAAAAUGUUAACAUUGCAUCAGUAACAAGGUUGAUAGCAUGUGGAAACCAGCAUAUCACUUUAGCUGCUUAAUGUGUAACCAGAAAAAAAAAUUGAAGACUAUUUAAAAAUAAUUCUUACAAAAAUACAUGGGGUAUUGAAAGAGAAAUUUACCCACUGCUGCAAAAUCAUGAUGGUUUCUUUGUGGCUUAAUAUUUGUAUUCCAUAUGCUUUACUUAAUUUCCUUUCCAUUAUUAUUUUGCACUAGAAAUUUUUGCUUUCCUAUGCAUAAUAGAUUUAAAUACAUAAAACAAUCCAACAAGCCAAAAUUAUGAUUUAACUCCUAAUUGUUGGCAAUUAUACAUUUUUAGAGUCUUGAGCUAUAAUUAAUUGCUCUAUUGGUACAUGCAAUUUGCACUGAUGUUAACCCAAAUAUUUUCAGACCCAAACAUUUCCCACCUACCUUUGCAAAUUUGUCUUAUUUAUUGCAAUGUCAGUACUAACAUGUUUUGCAUAAUUGUGAAAUGACGCAGCAGUUUGAUUUUCUUGUAUAGGUAGAUUAUUACCCGAACUCUACUUCAGUAUUUAUAUUUGGAAAUAUUCUGCCUGCAAUUUAGUUCAUAAUCUAUAUAAGUUUAUAUUUUGUGCUUUGUGCAUAUUGUAAAUGCUGUCACAGAAGCAAGAGUAAUUUAAGUGCACUAAACUUGAGUUUUCAUAGCAAUGAAAUAUUUUUUGGAAGCUUUGUGGUACAAGGUGUUUUCUGUAAAAUCUCAGUUGUAAAUUUUACCAGAGUAUUUACUACUGUAUUUUGUUUUAUCUAAAUUUUAUACUAUAGCUAUCAUUUGUAUAAUUUAAAUAGAACAUUUACAAAUGCACUCGUAGUGCUUGUGUUUACUUUCUUAUGUUAAUUGUCUGCACUGCAUUCUUUUUGGAAAGUUUAAUCUUUGUGUGUUCUGCUCCGUGUUGUACAGCUAAUUGGAAGUUGGAGGAUACCCACUAUUGAUUUUUGCCCUGCAUAAUGUGACUUACCACAGUUUGUGUUAUUUUUCUCCCUUUUGAAAUCAUUUUCAGAUUUGGUUCCAGGAGAAGAAACAAAAAUCACAUCACAAAGGCUUUGGUUUGACUCAAACACUUUUCUGUUUUUUGACUUGAUAUUCUGAAAUCCAAUUUUACUUAACCCUCAAAUUCUAUUUUCAAAACUCUGCAGUCUUUCCUGUUACAAUCAUCUUUGUAUCUAUUCUAGACACUAGAAAAAGUUAUUUUGAGUCCCUUGUUUCUUUUGAAAAUAUCCGGGGUAUUAGAAGAGGGACUGCCCCAGAUUGCCAAAUGCACCACUUUAGUCCAGAGUUCUUCAACAUUUAACAACUGCUAAUGCAGAAAGACAUUUGUAAGCAAGUUAGGAGCUGUUCAAUACACUUUUGCCAUUCUAGAGAUCUAUUGUGUUAUCUUGGAGGCAGAGCUAUUGAAGGUGCGGUGAUAGCUAAUAAAUAGGAAUUGGCAUAAGUGUCUCUGUUAUUCAGAUGCUCCAGAGAUGAGUGUAGGGCCAGGAAAAUGGCAUCUGCCAUGGACCUGUUUUGGCAGUAGGUGAAUUGCAGUGGGUCAAGGUUAUCUGGGAGGAUGGAGUUGACCAGCCUCUUGAAGCGCUUCAUGAUGCUGGAUGUUGGAGCCUCUGGGUGGUAGUCAUUAAGGCACAUUGCCUUGUUUAUCUUUGGCACUGGGAUGACAGCUUCUUAAAGCAGGUGGGAACCUCUCUUUGGAGAAGGGAGAGGUUAAAAAUGUCUGUAGGUACUCCCGCCAGCUGAUCUACGCAGGAUCUGAGGGCAUGGCUAGGGACACCAUUCAGGCCAGGUGCUUUCUAUGGGUUCACUCUCAAGUAGGCUGAUCUGACGUCUGCAACGGUGACUGGGGGCACAGGUGCGUCAAAGGCUGCUGGGGUGAGUAGUGUCAUUUCAUUGCCCUUCUGUUCAAAAUGAGGAAGUAGAGGCACUGAUGUGCUUUCUUGACCAUAGAAUGCAUUGAGCUAAUCAGGGAGUGAUGUGUUGUUGUCAGCAAUACUACCCAGCUUUGUUUUGUAGUCUGUUAUAGCAUGCAAGCCUUGCCACAACUGACAGCUGGUCUAGUAUUGUCUCUUAGUAUCCUUGAUAGCUUUAUGUAGGUCAUACCUCUAUUUCCUGUGUCGGUCAGAUACAGACCUGGACUGCAGUAGGGAGUGGAUUUCUCAAUUCAUCCAUGGUUUCCAUUUGGGGAACACCCAGAUUGACCUCAGUCCUCUAAUGGCUGAUGAAGUCUAUGAUGAUGAUGAUGAUGAUGACGACGUACUCAUUUAGACUGGCUGCUGAGUCCUUGAAUAUAGAUCAGUCUACAGACUUGAAGCAGUUGCAUAGAAGCUCAGCUAUUUUCUUAGAGCAGCACGUAUUGGAUCCUUGUGUUUCUGUUUGUAAACAGGGAGAAGGAACACAGUGUGAAUGUCUAAUUUUCCCAAAGUACAGCCAGGGGAUGGAUUGGUAGGCAUCUUUAAUGGUUGUGUGGCAGUGGUCGAGGGUGUUUUAGACACCUGGUGGGUGGGACAGGUGAAGUGCUGAUGUUAUUUUGGUAGUACACUUUUGAAGUUGGCCUGGUUGAGGUCACUGGCAAUGGUGAACAGGGCCUUGGGAUGUACCGUUUCAAGGUUGUUGAUUACGGACCAUAGUUCAUUGAGUGCAGGCUUCAAGUCCACCUGGAGUGGGCUGUUGACUGCCAUCAGGAUAGCCAAAGUGAAUUCCUGUGGCAGGUAGUUGGGGUGGCACUGCACAGUUAGAUAUUCUAGGUCUGAGUAGGAUCUCAUCAGGACUGUCACAUCCAGGCACUACGAGGAGUUGAUUAGAAAGUGGAACCCUCCACCUCUUACUUUGCCUGAUGAUGCUGAAUGGUCCAUCUGCUGAAUUGAGAAGCCCUUGGGUUAUAUGGUACAGUCUGGUGAAGCAGGUGGGAACCAUGUCUCUGUAAGAGCACACAGCAGUCUCUCAGUUCCCAAUAAUCAACCCACAAUGGGGAAGAUACUGAUGGUAUUUGAGAGAAGUUUCUUCCAUUUAUAAUUUACAGAUCCAAUAUCUUCAUUCAUUAUCUGAAUCUCAAGUAUAUUUGCCUACUAUGUUUAGCCAGUAGUUGCAUUUAUUUGUUCUUUUAUUUUGGAUGCU